AUGACACGUGAAGAAUAUAUGUAUCUUUACGAUACUUUUCAAAGGUUCACUCGAUUCGACUCAUUGCCCAUUGAAGCAACCCAAGAUUUGGUAAACUCAUCACACGGAUAUAGUAACAAUUUUGUCGAAAAGUCUGGAAAGAUUGCGGACCGAAAUUCAGGAUCUGUAAGAUCAGGUGACAGCAUAAUUGCUCAUAUUUUGAAUGGUGGCUACCACCAAUAUUGUAAUGUUCAAAAGAGAGCGAACCACGAUUAG